CGGGGUCCAACUCACAUCCCCAACAUAGAAGAGGGCUACAUCUUUAGGACACAGAAAGCUAGACUGGGGUAAAUCGUUAUCGAAGAGGAAGGAGUGUGGCCUCCGCGCCACCAUAUGGAUACGGCAGGCGAUGAACAGGAGUACACAGCCCUCAGCCGGAAGCUGCAGAGCAAGGUAGAGGCGCUGAAGAUUCUGCGCUACGAGCUGGAAAAAUGUCGCACCGAGCGGGACCAAUUCAAGCUGAUGGCAGAGACGAUCCAGCUACGCUAUUCGGCCAUCAAGAACUCGCUCAAUUCCCCCGACUUUCAAGCGGCUGGCUUUGGGAACAGCUCGGCCGUAAGUUUGCUGGUGAAACAGACCCGCGAAAGGAACGAAGCGCUGACGACGGAGGUGGAAUCGCUCAAGCAGCGGCUGUACGAUCUGGAAGGAGACAUCAAGGUCGUGCGAGCGCGGAAUGUGGAGCUUCAGGAUACCUGCAACAAGCUACAUACGGCCAACGAAUCCAUACUCACCGCAAACGGGGACAAAAAGUGGCAGGAAGAUAAGUCCCUGCUGAUUGCCCAGUUGGAACUGCUGCGGAAGCGCAACGCACAGCUGCAGUACGAUUUCCGAUCGUUGCUGGACGAAAAGGAAGAAGUGGUCUCAGAACGGGAUGCGUACAAAUGCAAGGUGCAUCGAUUGAACCACGAACUGAACGUGGCACUGCGAGGAGCCACUGCAAAGAGCGAAGGACCAACGCAACCACUGCUGGACAUAGAUGCACUCGUCCUGGAGAACAAGUACCAGGCAGAGAAGAUAGCUACCGUCGAGAAUGAGCUUCUGCUUGCGCGACAAGCCGCCAGCAAGUACAAGUCGAUGCUGGAAACGAACCGAAAGAAGGGAAUCAUUAAAUUCGGCACUAACAACAAUAACAAAACUAUCAUGUCCCAUUCACAAGUUAAACAUCUGCUGGAGAAGGGAACGGUAGACGAGUUGCCGUUGAAAGCGGCCACAAUAUCCGACCUGAAAUCACUAUGCCUAGCUCUGCUGGAUAAUGUGAACGAUAAGAGCCUGGCUCUAGCUCAUCAGAAACGGACAAACAAGUUAUUAGCUAGCAAAAUUACGGAGCUAGAGCAACGGAUCAAGUUGCUUGCUGGAUGUGAUGAUAGGACAACGCUUGCGUCUCUGUCACCGUCACAGUAUCUGCUGAAUGGAUACAGUUCGGCAACUGUGGAUCAGCCGGAUCCGGAAGCGGAUCCGACGCUACAGCCUACACGAACGACACGCGAGGAAAUGCUGCCUCCGGAAGGACACAGUGGUUCUAGUGGACCAAGUCAUAGUGGGCAGCGGACGGAACCACCGUCUUCAAGUUCGAACAAGAGCGCUCUACUCAGUUGUUCCGAUGACGAUGACGAUGGCGUUGAAGGGAGCGACAACCACGUUGAUGAAGAUGUGGAGGAUAGACGAAGUGGUCGCCAGACGGGUGAAAGCACCGGAACAAACGCUUCCAACACGGAGGAACUAAAAGCAGCUGUCGCACAGCUGGUGGCGACGGUAGAGCGUGAGUUUGCCGAGGACGAAACGCCACUCCCCCCACUUCCGGAUGACAUCCUAGCGCUGGUCGAACAGUUCAUGCAGGCACCACCGGACAGCGACAGUCCGUCCUAAAACUCGCGAGACUAUUGUGUGCUGGUUCAGUUCUAGUUUAAGCCAGGUUGUGCUCGGUUUUCCCUCUUCACAACCCGCCAAGGAUAGGAAGGAAGAAGAAGGUGGUAAUCAGAUCCGCUUGUAUCCAACUUAUGCGUCCGAUCGUGACGUCACCAAAGAGCUGUUAUCGAAA